AUGGCCUCACCGCAGACCUCGCCGCCCCCCUCUGAACGAACCCCUCUCCUCGGUGAUGCUGAAGAUAACUCUCGAGCAAGUUACUCUGACCAGCCCAAUGGCGACGUAAACCCUCCAUCGCCCGAGUCGUUGGAGUCUCCGAAACCCAAAAAGCAGCCGAGAUGGCCUAGCAUCAUUGCUUUGACCAUUCUAUGCCUGGUGGUUGUAGCAGUAUGCUUUGGUCUCACUCUGCCAUCUACAAUCAAAGAAUAUGGGAAAGAAGCCGUCGUCUUCGAGCCCACCAGGCUUUCCAUCGAUUCCUUUACCUCUCUCGGCAUUCGCGCUAGGGUUCAAGGAGACUUUUAUAUGGAUGCUUCAAGAGUCCGCAACAAGGCAACAAGGGAUCUCGGCAAAUUUGGGACCUGGCUGGCCAAAGAAGUCAAGACUGGAGAAUCAGAGGUCAAUGUCUAUCUGCCCGAGUACGACAAUGUCCUGUUAGGGACAGUCACCAUCCCUCCAGUCCGCGUCAACAUCCGAAAUCGCCAAUAUAACCAUCUCGACUUCUUUGCUGAUCUGGAGCCGGGCGAUCUUGACGGGGUCCGACGAGUUGCUAAAGAUUUCAUGGAUCGAAAGCUGGAUGAAAUCACUGUCGAUGCCAUUGCAAGUGUCUCUUUACAAAGCGGAUUGAUCGAGUUGGGCAAACAAACCAUUUCGCAAACCCUGCAAUUCAGGGGUCAGGAUGUGCCAACGCUUCCGAACUUUGAUAUUCAACAACUCCGAUUUGCCGAGUAUGGCAUGCCUGGGCAUCCUGAGGGCGUCAAGGCUAUGGCCAUGGUUUCUGUCUUUAAUCGAUAUCCCGUCAAGUUCGAUGUACCAUCGUUGGCGUUUGACGUUCUUCUCCCGGACUGCUCAGACAAUUACCUUCUAUUCGGAACAACCAAGACAGAAGUCAUCCAUAUCCUUCCAAAGCAAAACAUUAGCGCAAGUGUCAUUGGCCUGGUCAAGCAGUUGCCUACAUCUCUGACGUCUGUAUGUCCCGGCUCCAAAUCCUCCCCCUUGGACAGCCUGGUGGCCGACUAUCUCGCUGGCCGGGAUACCACUGUCUAUAUCCGUGGUGGGCAACAAGACGAGAACACUCCAGAUUGGAUAGGAAAGCUGUUGCAGGAUACCCUGGUCCCAUUCUCGCUUCCGGGUCAUCCUUUUGACAAUCUCAUCAAGAAUUUCUCUUUGGCAGAUGUUCACUUUGCUCUGCCAGAUCCCAUGACAGAUUCACGGCCGGAGAUAUCAGCGGUCGUCAAAGUUUUGGUCGGACUCCCUGCCGAAAUGAACGUCAACUUGGAUGUUGAUAAGGUCAGAGCCGACUCUGAUGUCUACUACCAAGGGGAGCUCCUCGGCAACCUUGACCUCUCCAAAUGGCAAGCGGCGAAUGCGACGAAGGUGGAUGACGACCUUUUGGUCCAGUCCAUUGUCAAGGAUGCGCCGCUUGAGAUCAAAAACCAGACGCUGUUCUCCAAGGUAGUCCAGGCGCUCAUAUUCGGAAAAGGGGCUUCGCUCUCAGUGCAAGCAACCGUUGACGUCAACACUCAUACAGCCUUGGGAGAAUUUGUGGUCCGAAGGAUACCAGCAAAGGGCCAAAUCUUCAUCAAGCCCCUACGCGCUGGAGAUUUUCAAAUGCCGGAAAUAAAGGGUAUGGAAGUCGUUGACUCGUCGGAAACCUCAUUAACUCUGCAGGCAAGGGUUAAUGUGACGAAUCCCACCGACUAUUCGGCCACGAUUCCGUACUGCAAUGUCAGUAUCUGGGCCAACGAUACCCGCGUCGGUUAUGCAUGGGCAUAUUCACAACAUGUCGUGCCCGGUUCCAACGACCUUACGGCGAAUGCUUCAUGGGAAGUUGGUAAAAUUGGAAGAGAAUGGCUUUCUCAAUAUAUCUCGGGAUAUAAUACGAGUCUCACCAUCAAGAGCCAUGCUGGCUCUAUACCGAAUUUUCCUGAUCCCGGCGUGGAAAUGACAGUUCCGGCUCCACAUAUGGUGUCGCAUCCUCUGAGAGAAGCAACAAUGCAUAUUUUUUCUUCGACCGCAACCUUCAUUUUGGUUUCACCACUUGCCUUUUACGUCACCAGCAUCGCAGCCUCUGCCUUUUACAACGACUCAGAGGUUGGAACGAUCGAAUGGAAUUACCCGUUUGCGAUUGAGCCUGGAGAGAAUCUAACGCCAAGACUACCCGUCGAAUGGGGUGGUAACGCACUGGGCACAAUCCGGGAUGCGCUCGGGGGCACCCUGAAAUUGGACGCAAAGGCGGAUGUCGGCGUGAGGAUAGGUGCCAUGAUCCUGGCCAGUCUCGACCCUAGCGAGAAUUUUCUGUGGCUUCGGCCCAAGCUCGGCACCUCGCGGAUACUCUACCGGUCACGUGAAGGCUCUGCCAUUGAGGUAUAA